AUGUUGGGCCAGCUGCUGCUAACCAUCGAUGCCCUCGGCAUGUGCUUUGGCACUAUCAUGGCUGAUUGUCUCAACGAGACGCACUUGUUUAAUCCACGGUGGCGGCCGCAUGCUAAGUUCCAUAAUGCUCAGACGGUCUUCCUCGCUAUCAUCCUGUCCGGGCUGACACUCUACUAUACGUGGCGGCGGGCGAAGACGCCUGAGCUGCGCCGCGAGUUUAUCUUCAUCAGCGCCAUUACGGGGUCCAUCUAUUGGAUCGCAGGACUCCUUAGCAUCCUGCCUCCCGGUACCAUGGGCGUCGAUCCCGAGUUUGGUGGCCCGGGCUUCCCCCAGAGCAAGAUAUUCGUUGCCUUCAUGGCCACUGGUCUGCUUGGUGCCUGGAUGGAGUAUCGUUGA